AUGUCGUCGAAUGUUGAGAAGGUUGAAGGCCCGAAGCGCGAAAUCGGAGAUCAAGGCAAGAUCUGGUGGUCAAACGGCAUCUUCUUCACAGCAGUGCACGUUUUCGCCUUGUACGGCGCAACAUGUCUCUCCCCGCUGUCACAGACACCCCUACCGACUCUCAUACUCUGCUUCAUAUCUUGGCAGCUUGCCUCGUUUGGCAUCACGAUCGGAUACCACCGCCUCUGGUCCCACCAGGCCUUUACAGCUCGCAUGCCGCUCAGGGUGGUGCUUGCCUGGAUGGGCAGUAUGGGCUUCCAAGGCAGUAUCAAGUGGUGGGUGCUGAGGCACAGGCUAUACCACCGGUUCACCGACAGUCCAACUCAUGACCCUUACUCUGCGAGCAAGGGUCUGUGGUACUCGCAUUGCGGCUGGAUCUUCCGCAAACCCAGAUAUGCCCGCAUGCGCCUCAUCGACCGAGCCGAUCUGGACGCGGAUCCCGUGGUCUACUUUCAGCACAAAUACUACUUCAGCAUAGCGCUAUUCUCCGGUCUCAUCCUCCCCGCUCUUAUUGGCUAUACCUGGAACGACGCACUUGGCGGCUUGGUCUGGGGCGGCGCAGUAGCACGGCUCUUGAUCUGGCAUACCACAUUCUGCAUCAACAGCUUGGCGCACUGGACUGGUCUCAGACCCUACACGGAAGAAGUCAGCGCGAGGGGCAACUAUCUUCUUGCCCUGCUUACCUCCGGGGAAGGUCACCACAACUUCCAUCAUGCCUUCCCCAAAGACUUCCGCAAUGGCCCUAACCCAGCCGAUUGGGACCCGAGCAAGUGGAUCAUCUACCUCCUUCAUCUCACUCCACUCGUUCCCUCGGUCGCCCGUACGCCCUCCUCCUCCAUCCUCAAGGCCCAAGCGAGCAUUCUGCGCGCCGAGGCGGACCGCCUCACUUCGUCGAUCCCGGCCGAACAGCGGGCGAAGUCUCUGGCGGACCUGCCCCGCUGGUCGAAGGAGGAGGCGAUGGCCAGGCAUGGCCAGUGGGUCGUGGAUUAUGUGGGGGAAGAGGAAUGGAGAAGGAGGCGGAUGGUGCUGCUACUGAUUGAGGGAUGUUUGGUGGAUGUUGGUGGGUACCUGGAUGAGCAUCCCGGAGGCAAGCAGCUCCUAAUCAACCACUGUAUCGCUCCCCUCGCCACCGGUCUCCUCUUCACAGCCCCUCUUGAUCCAGGAGCAGAGCACGAAGGCGAGAGCGCUCCGGCCUGCUCAACGGGUCUCAAUAACCCGCAUUCAGAGAUUGCCCUCCGGGAUGCUAGCAAGGCCUUCUUUGGCGGCCUCAACAAUCACUCGGCAGCCGCAAAGGACCGCAUGAGGUGCUUGCGGGUCGCAGUCUUGGAAGAGAGUGAUGUGCGCUUGGAGCCAAAGCCGCAGUAA